AUGACGACACGCGCAGACGGUGAGCCACGCACUGGUGCCCGCUGUAAAGCCGUGGGAUUUGGAUUAAAUAGCUUGUGAGAUGAGCCUUGGGUAAGGGGGGAGGGAGCUAAGGGCUGAUUUUGAUCUUUUACUGGACCGAGAAAGGGAGGAGGUUCGGAGAAUGAGUUAUUCUUGUGGUAACACGGAGUAGCCUGUUAGCCUGACGGUGUUAGCCAAAACCAAGCCAUCUAAAAGACACCGACGCACGGCCAUUGGCUCCUGCGGCUAGGGACGCCAAGCAACGGAUAGCCAGCGCUUUUAACAGGUACCACACAGGUGAAACAGCCCUCCUCGCUGGACAUGAAAGUGCAGCAAGGCUGUAACUCGACAGACAUGGGGAUCCCAGUAAGAACCGAGGAGGAGCUGCGCAGAAACGCUGUCAUAACACCGGAAGAUGUGCUGGGCUUGCAAAAGAUCACUAAGAAUUACCUUUGCUCCCCUGAAGAAAAUGUCCACAUGAUAGACUUCACCAGGUUCAAGAUUCGGGACAUGGAAACUGGGACGGUUCUAUUUGAAAUUACGAAACCCCCAACACCAGCAGGGGGCAGGAAGCAGUGUGACCCCAAUGCGGGCCGCUUUGUGCGGUACCAGUUUACCCCAGCCUUUCUACAGUUGCGGCAAGUCGGCGCAACAGUGGAGUUCACAGUAGGAGACACGCCCAUCAACAAUUUUCGCAUGAUUGAGAGGCACUAUUUCCGCGAUCAACUGCUUAAGAGCUUUGACUUUGAGUUUGGCUUCUGCAUGCCCAGCAGCAAAAACACAUGUGAGCACAUAUAUGAGUUUCCAGCGCUGUCGGAGGAAAUCAUGCGUGAGAUGAUCCUGCACCCAUACGAGACGCAGUCCGACAGCUUCUACUUCGUGGACAACAAGCUGGUGAUGCACAACAAGGCAGACUAUUCCUACAGCGGGGGCCCAUAGGAUAAACUGCACUGUGUAUAUUCACUUCACUACAGGUUUCUACAUUCCAGUCCAUGUAAGGGACAGAUAAAGUGACGAAAAUUCAUGAGAGUACAUUUAUUUUUGUUCAGCUGCCUGGUCAACCAGAUCUGUUCCUCUGCCUCACUGUCUUUGCAGGAACAUUGAAUUCUGCCGUCAUCUGUGUGUGUGUAUGGGAGAGUGUGUGGGCAGCGAACACAUGUACUGUCUGUACUUAUAGUUGAGCCCAGCGCAGGCGCAUAACAAAUAACUAGUUUUGUGUAACAUUUGAGGAAGCAGAGAAAACAAAAAAGACAAAUAAAAAUUAAAACAGACAUUUUUUAAAAGCACGAUGCUGUUAAAUCAAGUGGGAUGUACUGAACAUUUGAACAGAUCUGUCACAUUUCAUAUGCAGAUGUUGUAUUUCUGUUUUUUGUAACACACAUAUCCACCAGUAUGUUCAGUUAAACAGAAACAUGUCCUGUGUCAGUGUGAAUCUUUAUAGUAUAAAUAGGUCAAAGUAUUUUUCAAUAAAUAGACAUUUUUUUAGUGUCAGACAACAUUCAUAAGCCAAGCUCAUUCCAGUUUUGAUAUGUAAUAUGUACUCUGUAGUACUGGACACUGUGCAUACUUUACCAAUAAAUGUUUCAUGUAAAAAAAAUAAAAAUAAAAAUAUGGAAAAUUUUGAUCUCCAUCAAUGCAAUAAACAGGAAUUUUUC